UACCCUCGUUGUUGCUAGACUGUGCAGCAGUCACUGCAAGGAAAAGCAGAGAAGCGUAUAUCGCCUUCAUUGUAGUUUCAAAUGUAAAACGGAAGAACUUUUUUACAAAUGGAAAGAGGUGAAGAGAAGCGAAGGAGGAGGAGUGAAAAAGUCGAAAAGUUGCUGUUUUGUACUCUGCAACCUCUUAUUAUAUUGGAAUUUUGUGCUCAGGUGGACAGAUCUGGCUCAAUUGGCUCCUUUCAAUGCCCUCAAUGGCUUGGUCCAGAUGGCACAAAAAAAGGUCUGGUUUCUUUCUCACAGUUCACCGUCAGGAGAUUGUUACCCAAACCCGCCGUUUUGAGCGGGCACUUGGCAAUUUCGAGUGGUAUUCGUACACCCGGCAGUCCAAUCGACUGUGCUCCAAUGUUACACCUUGUAGUGUGAACUUUUUCUUUAUUUUUAGAUGAGAAAUGUCAGGGAAGUGUUUGGGGGAGGCGAGGCGAGGCGAGGCGCAAAAAUAAGCAAGGGGCGCUUUUGGCCUGCCUUCCGGGAAGAAAUACGCCAAAGCCAUAUGUUGCCACUAGUCGCAAUUCAAUUACGGA